AUUGAAGUAUAGAGCCAAAUAAAAAAAGAAUAAGCGAGAUGGCAAGAAAUCGCAAGGCAGCCAGCGCUACACGGCCGAAAGCGAGGUAGGACGGGCUACGGCACUAAAGCAGAUUUAGUCGGUACCCGAACGGGAUUUGGUGGUCCAUCUUGGAUGUCGGAUGAGGGACAGUUUAGUGCGACAGGGUGUUAAGAGCUGUCUCAAUCGAGACAGCCAUCUCAUUAUUACCGAUUUGAGACAAAAAAAAGUGUCUGUGGUUAAUUGACAAUUAAUACCGAAAAAAUGAUCGGCUCAGUAAGGCUGAGGCCUGCUUUGGUCCUGGGCGUCAUUAUUGUACUUCUGACCGUGGCCUUGCAGGUUGUGCAAGGUGAUGAUCAAGUGGAUCAGGUGCCAUCUGAAGUCCAAUGUCGACCAUACAUCGAAAAAGCCUUAAAGGAUCGUCAAACGGGACCCGUCGACGAAGUAAGUCCAGAAGAUGAGGGCGGCGAAGGAGGAGAGGAACCACCGACAGUAGCCUCAACCGAGUCUAAAGAGGAUGAUAGCAAGACUGACGACCAACUCGAAGAAAAGGAUAACGAUAGAAAAGAGACGUUGGAAACUGUAGAGGUUGAAGACGAAAAAGAAUCUGGCGAGGGAACUGUUGAAGUACCCGACAGAGAGCAAUCUGUGGAAGCGACAGACGCAACUUCUAAGGGUGACGACGAAGGUUCCACACUUCGGCGGGCAGUCUCCGUUGAAGGUGAAGACGAAACGCAAAAAGGUGAUGACGAAAUAUCAGAGGAGAAAGCUGAGGAAGCUAAUUCUGUAUCUGAGGAGGUAGAAGAGGCGGAACAGACAGUUGAGGAGAUUGAGGGAGACUCGAACGAAACGAAGGAGGAAGAAAAGGAGAGGGAAUCGAAGGAAAAGCAGGAGGAGGGGAGUGAAGAGAAAAAUAAAACGACUGAGGAGGGUGAGAAACCCGCGGAGAAGUCUGACGACGAUGUUGCGGAUACAAAGGAGGAAGAAAAAGAAGUAGAUUCACAGGAGGUAGAUACUAAGGAAGAGGAAGAUGUUCAGAAGAACUCGGGAGAGGACACUGCUGAGACUGUACAAGCAGAAGAAACACAAGCUAUUGAAAGUGGUAAGAAAGGCAGAAAAAAGAGAGAUACUGAAGAAGAAUUUAGAGGUCAAGAAAAAGACGAGCAGACAGAGAGUGGAGAGAAAGAGAAGGGAACGUCGCCGGAAGAAGAUGAACAAGAAGGAAGAGAAGACGAAGAGUCUACCGAAUCAACGCCUGAGGAAGAAUUGACACAAGAGAUUGAAAUUCCAGAGAACCUGAGGCCUAGGGAACACCUCAAUCAGAUUCUUAGGCUGGAUCAGGAUAAUGAAAUUAAAGAAGCAGCAAUUGAGAAAGCCUCUGAUGUAAUUCUUAAAGAAUUAAAAAGGCUCUAUGAUACCGCUAUCAAGCCUCUGGAGGCCCUGUACAAGUACAGAGAUCUCAGUAAUAGACACUUUGGAGAUCCGGAAAUUUUCUCGAAGCCCCUCGUGCUUUUCAUGGGGCCAUGGAGCGGUGGAAAAUCGUCCAUAAUAAAUUACCUUCUGGACACGGAAUAUGAGCCAACCGCACUCAGAACUGGAGCGGAACCAUCGCCGGCGUAUUUCAAUAUUGUAAUGCACGGUGAAGAGGAAGAGGUGCUAGAUGGUACACAAUUGGCUGCCGAUUGGACGUUUUCGGGACUUCAAAAGUUUGGACAGGGUAUGCUCGAUCGUCUCCGAGGUCUGAAACUCCCGCAUAGACUCCUCAAGAAGGUAAAUAUCGUAGAGAUUCCAGGAAUUCUAGAAAUUCGAAAACAAGUUCAACGCCUAUUUCCUUUUAACGACGCCUGUCAGUGGUUCAUUGACAGAGCUGACAUAAUAUUCCUCGUUUACGAUCCAUCGAAAUUGGACGUCGGCCCAGAAACCGAGGCAAUUCUCGAUCAGCUCAAGGGACGGGAGUACCAAACAAGAAUAAUUUUGAAUAAAGCCGACCAAGUGAAACCGGAAGAACUCAUGAGAGUCCAAGGAGCACUCAUCUGGAACAUAUCACCGUUAAUGUCAAGUGCUGAGCCACCAAUCAUGUAUUCUACUUCUCUCUGGUCAUUGCCUUAUGAAGCUGGCGCACCUACGCGUCUUUUAUAUGCACAGGAGAGAGCUUUCCUGCGAGAUUUACGUUCGGCUAUUGACAAAAGAGUUGAACAUAAAAUUGCUAGUGCAAGAAGAUUCGCCGUACGUGUUCGGAACCAUGCAAAAAUGGUAGAUUGCUACUUAACCACUUACUACAACCAUAAGACUUUCUUCGGUAACAAGAAAGAAAUAAGCGACCGAAUAAUCGAAAACCCUCAGGAUUAUCAUAUCUACGAGGGCCUCAGUACAUUAACAAAUAUCUCACGUUACGAUCUGCCUGAUCCGGACGUAUACAGGGAUUUCUUCCGUUUGAAUCCACUCUACGAUUUUCCAUCUCUCAGUUCCACCUGCACGUACUUCCGUGGCUGUCCAAUCAACAGGUUGGAUGUAGCUAUUGCAUACGAUCUACCAGAACUCGUUGGCAAGUACAAGAAACUCAUUGAGGCAACAGUUAACUCGGAAGAUACAUCCAAUCAACCCCCAAUAAGUUGAGAAUAAAAUUAGAAAAAACAACGAAGAAAAGAGUAACAAAACAAGUACGGAAAAACAUUUGAAAAAAAAAGUUUUUUUUCUAAUUUUCAUUAAUUUAAAAAGUGCGCACAUCCACGUACGUCUACACCUCUUAAAUUCCAUCGAUACCAUGCCAUCAUCCGUUACUCUAUGUCUUGGCUGCGGGCAGCGCAAGACGAAGGAUAAUCAUCUGAGAUAAACGAAGAUUUUUUUAAUCACCUAUAUCCAAUUUUUAAUCCUCUGUUUGAUCCGGAUCCAUCGCCAUUCAUGAAUGGGACAUUUAUGUAACGAAAAAACGUAAUUAAUGUGUUGGUAUGAUGAAAAAAUAAGAAACAGUGAAAAUAUUAAUAUAAGCAAUUUAA